AUGGCAUCUAAUCAGUUCAGGUGUAGCUUGAAGGAAUUGCUCACAAACGGUAAUUGGGAAAGCCUACCCGUGAGCCAAAUUUCUCGCGUCCGAUCUCUCUACAGCCGAAAUGCCGGUCUGCCUGUCGGCCUUGAAAUCUACACGAAAGGGGAUCAAAAACAGCCCGUCUGGGUACUGCGUCCCGUAGUGCCACUAUACCCAGCCAACCUGAGCAAACAGUUAGCUGAAGAAAAGGGUUCGCAUGUGUCUUAUUUGUGCUCGGACAAAAGAAUCCAUCUUGGGUAUGGAGAGAAAGGGAAGGAAGGAGAGGGAAUGGGCUGGUUAUAUAAAGUAAGAAGAAAGGGUCGGCUGCGGGAAACUCAGCGAAAAAAACCCUUGCAUUCAUCACUUUGCAGACAUCCCGUACCGGGGCGACGCUGGCACGGACCUCACGGUAUGGAAGCAGAGCACAUUCCCGAUACACCUUCGAAUUGGAGGGCUGUUGCAGUUGCUAACGUGGUCACUGUAUGGAUUCGCUGUCUCCAGGUCGCCAUGGCCCAAUAUGCGAGAGCAGAGGAAAACCAUCCAUCACCUUUUCUUCAGGGGAUAGUGACGAAGCAGGAAGAGUCAGCCAGAAGAAUUCGCGAUUCUUGUAGACAUAAAGUCAAUUUACCACCCUACAGCUUAGAAACCAGGUUGCGAACACAAUAA